CCGGCCCCGCCGUGCCCGCGUCCCGUGCGGCCGCCAUGUUGUUGUGGCAGUGAGAGGCGGCGGAGGCAGCCAGGAGCCCAGCGACCCCGGCCCAGGCAGGCGGCCGCGCCCCGGGAGGGGGUGUGGGGGCCCCACGCCAUGCCCUGCCCCGCGUCCUGUUCUUUUGAUGGGAUCUGAGCAGAUGUUGCCCUUCUCUGUUGCCAAUGUGAAGUAUCGGAAGAAUAUAGUUUGAAACUUUCUGGGACAAAGAGGACUGUUUAUCUCUCAUUCUUUGAUUUUAAUAAGUGAAGGGGAGCUUCAAAGUAUUGUGAGUAAAGACGAGGAUUUCUCCUCCUAUCCAGGGCCUGUCAUGGAUGAAGAGACUCAGCACAGCCUUGAAUGCAUCCAGGCUAAUCAGAUUUUUCCCAGGAAGCAGCUGAUCCGAGAGGAUGAGAACCUUCAGGUCCCAUUCAUGGAACUUCAUGGUGAGAGUACAGAGUAUGUAGGACGAGCAGAGGAUGCCAUCAUCGCACUUUCUAAUUACAGGCUUCACAUCAAAUUCAAGGAGUCUGUUGUGAAUGUUCCAUUGCAGCUUAUAGAAAGUGUGGAGUGCCGUGAUAUAUUUCAACUUCAUUUGACUUGCAAAGACUGCAAGGUUAUAAGGUGUCAGUUUUCUACUUUUGAGCAGUGUCAAGAUUGGCUUAAGCGACUGAACAAUGCCAUCCGCCCUCCUUCAAAGAUAGAAGACCUUUUCUCAUUUGCCUAUCACGCUUGGUGUAUGGAGGUAUAUGCUAGUGAAAAGGAACAGCACGGGGAUUUGUGUCGGCCAGGAGAACAUGUAACUUCAAGGUUUAAAAAUGAAGUGGAGCGGAUGGGUUUUGAUAUGAACAAUGCCUGGAGGAUUUCCAACAUUAAUGAGAAGUACAAGCUCUGUGGUAGUUACCCCCAGGAAAUCAUAGUUCCUGCCUGGAUCACGGAUAAAGAGCUAGAGAGUGUGGCAAGCUUUCGGUCCUGGAAGCGUAUCCCUGCUGUUGUGUACAGGCACCAGAGCAAUGGAGCAGUUAUUUCCCGCUGUGGACAGCCCGAGGUCAGUUGGUGGGGCUGGAGGAAUGCAGAUGAUGAACACCUUGUCCAGUCUGUAGCCAAAGCCUGUGCCUCAGAUUCGAGGUCCAACAGUAACAAAUUAAUGAAUGGGAAUUGUUCCAGAGAUUUCUCCAAUGGAGGGGACCUCUCUGAUGUGGAAUUUGAUUCCUCAAUCUCUAAUGCUUCAGGAGCAGAGAGUUUGGCAAUACAGCCUCAGAAGCUUUUGAUCUUAGACGCACGAUCUUACGCAGCAGCUGUGGCGAACAGAGCCAAAGGUGGAGGCUGUGAGUGCCCAGAAUAUUAUCCAAACUGUGAAGUAGUGUUCAUGGGGAUGGCAAACAUUCAUUCUAUCCGGAAGAGCUUUCAGUCGCUGCGUUUGCUCUGCACACAAAUGCCAGAUCCAGGAAAUUGGUUAUCAGCUCUGGAAAGUACCAAAUGGCUGCAGCACUUAUCUGUGCUUCUGAAAUCUGCGCUACUCGUAGUUCAUGCUGUGGACCGAGACCAGCGACCAGUCUUGGUGCACUGCUCAGAUGGCUGGGACCGAACCCCCCAGAUAGUGGCGCUGGCCAAACUGCUGCUAGAUCCGUAUUACAGGACCACAGAGGGUUUCCAGGUGCUAGUGGAGACGGAGUGGCUGGAUUUUGGCCACAAGUUUGCAGAUCGCUGUGGCCAUGGUGAGAAUUCGGAUGACCUAAAUGAGCGCUGCCCAGUGUUUUUACAGUGGCUGGACUGCGUCCAUCAGCUCCAGAGGCAGUUCCCUUGCUCUUUCGAGUUUAACGAAGCAUUCCUUGUCAAAUUGGUGCAGCACACCUACUCUUGCCUCUUUGGUACAUUCCUGUGCAACAAUGCGAAAGAGAGAGGAGAAAAACACACUCAGGAACGGACCUGUUCUGUCUGGUCUUUGCUGCGGGCAGCAAACAAAGCCUUCAAAAACCUGCUCUACUCCUCCCAAUCCGAAUCUGUGCUGUAUCCAGUGUGCCAUGUGCGUAAUUUAAUGCUUUGGAGUGCUGUUUACCUGCCAUGCUCUUCCCCCUCUACACCUGCUGAUGACACUUGUGCCCCAUACCCUGUUCCAGGCUCUAGCCCUGAAGAUCAGCCUCUGGGCAGGUUACCAAAGACACGAUCAUUUGACAAUCUGACAACAGCCUGUGAUAGCAGCGUGCCUACAACCAAUCGACGUAGUAGUGACCCCAGCCUCAAUGAAAAGUGGCAAGAGCACCGUCGGUCUCUAGAGCUGAGCAGCCUCGGUAACCCUGGGGAUGAUCUGUUUGAUGGAGACAGCCUGAGUAAACAAGGCAGGGCUCCAGUUGGAGCAGAGCUCUCUGUUGCAGCUGGUGUGGCAGAGGGACAGAUGGAGAACAUUUUGCAAGAGGCCACUAAAGAUGAUGUUGGUCUGGAGGAGCACUUAAGGGGUAGCCUAGAGACAGUAGGUAAAGGGGAUGAGAUUGCCCUGGAUAAGGAGAAGAGAACUGAAAAUGUACAUGGGUAUGUCAGUGACCUCUGUGAAAAGGCUGAGGCAGAUACAGGUAUCAUAAUGAACAAUCCAGCAUCCAAUCCACAUCCAGUUUCACAAGGUGCUUCUGAGCUUAAAGGACAACAAGAUGAGCGUACUGAUCUCAGUAACACAAUCCAGAAGUUACCUCAGGUGAAAGGACUACAGACUGUUCCUUUGGAGGGCUUUGUAAAUAAAGAUGCUCAGAAGAAUAUGGAAGAAGGUGAUGGCAAACCUGAAGGAGAAGCAGAGAGCCUGUACAAUACAGCACAGGCCAGCCUUCCCUUACCUCUUACAAUCCCACACGAAGCGAGAACAUCCAACAUUGAAAGUUCUACAGAAACCUUAACAGAGAAUGAAGCAAAGCAAGACCUCAUUCCUAAGGGUCCUUGCCAUAGACCUCACCUGAUCAACAACAGUGCUGACGAACUUUCUCGAACUAUUGAAAAUAGGCCAGAGGGGGAGAGCAUGCUAGAACUUCAAAAACGGGGAACAAAAGUACAUAGGACUUCUGGUAGCAGCAACACACACAUCCCGAUGCCUUCCCCUUGUGCCUUGCCUUUAGCUGAAUGUAAAGAUGAGAUUGUGUGUAACGGAGAGCUGGAGCCUGAGAACAAGAUGACGGAGAAGCCUGUGGGGUUUAGUAUCACCCAGAAGUACCAGGUGACAAAUGGACACUGUGUGAAUGGAGAGGACAGUCGGAUGAAAGCCUCUCUGAGUCGGCAGGUCUCCACAGCUAGCUGUAGUUCUGCACAGUUUCACUUGAGGAACUUGCACCAAAAAUGGAUGUUUAGUCAUCUUGGUAAGCAGCAGGCAGCCAGCAGCCCAGACCAACCUGCCAGAAGUCACCUGGACGAUGAUGGGAUGCCUGUCUACACUGACGUUAUCCAGCAGCGCCUGCGCCAGAUAGAAACUGGCCAUCAGCAAGAAGUGGAGACCUUGAAGAAGCAAGUGCAAGAGUUGAAGAGCCGGUUGGAGAGCCAGUUCCUGAAUAGCUCCUUACGUCUCAAUGGUGAUUAUGGAGACGAAGUGACUUCUAUACCCGACUCGGAAAGCAAUCUGGAUCAGAACUGCUUGUCUCGCUGCAGCACAGAGAUUUUCUCUGAAGCCAGCUGGGAACAGGUGGAUAAACAGGACACAGAGGUGACACGAUGGCUUCCAGACCAUCUUGCUGCACACUGCUAUGGCUGUGACAGUACGUUCUGGCUUGCCAGUAGGAAGCACCACUGCAGGGACAUUGAACGUGUUGAUCAAAUCUGGAAUUGUGGAAAUGUGUUCUGCUCCAGUUGCUGUAACCAGAAGGUGCCCGUUCCUAGCCAGCAGCUCUUUGAACCCAGCAGAGUCUGCAAAUCGUGCUACAGCAGCUUGCACCCAAGCAGUUCCAGCCUUGAUCUCGAACUGGAUAAACCCAUCACUGCCACGUCAAAUUGAAGUUCCAGCCUCGAAGCAGCGGGGGAGCAGCCAUGCUGACUCUUCCCCAACAGACACGCAGAUUCUCGAUGGGCUGAGGCUGGGAGGAUGCGGGAGCCGUGCACUUUGGAGGCUGGGGCGUGGAACACUGCUCGGCGGGACAGACCUUGAGGACGUACCGCUGGAUUGUGGGAUUCUCCUUUUCCAGCUAUUCCCCCUUUCCUUUCUGUCCUAUCUGUGUGUAUGUGUCUACGCGCGUGUGUGUGUAUAUAUAAUAAUAUAUAUGUAUGUUUGUUUGCUGGAAGAUUGUGGAAGUGGGAAGGGAGCUGGUGCCAGAACCAGAUUUCCCUUUUGUAUUUAACUGUCCCACUGCUGAACUGUUGCAGACAGACGAUUUUGUGGAGGAAAGGAGAAGAGGGGAAUCAGUCCAGCCAGUGUGCAAAGUGUGAAUACCUGUAGCGUCAGUGCUAGUGCUUUCAAUCACUCCUGUUACUUCCAAACAAGAAACUGCUGUUUGGGAACCUGUUGCUGCUAGAAGAAAUGGGAAUCUCUUUCCCAAGAGAGCACUCUCCCUCUCUGUUCUUAGAGUGGGCUUAGUUAUCCUCGCUGCGUGAAGGGGGAAUCAAUCACAGAUUUCCAUACUCAGCGGCUCUGCACUUGCACACACAAUUGAUGUGUUUGGUUGCCAUCAGCCCUGCUGCUGUGGCUCAGAGUGGAAACACCUGGACAACGCUGGCUAAGGAAAGUGGGUGCUUGUUUGCGAGAGGUGAGAAGGGGAUUGAACAGGCUGCUGAGCUGAGAUGGGUUUUACACUGGCGCCUCUCUCUGAAGUUCUGUAAAUGCAAUUCAUUAUUUAAAACCGAAUGGGAAAGUAGAAGACCUUUGACUUCUAUCCUUGCCCCAUCUCUAGGAUGGUUUACUCGAUGCGAAGCUACUUUUGGAGCAGUGCACUUGUCAUGGUUCAUACAAACGGGCUGUUGUGCUGUUGUGCAGACUCGCACUUUAAUGAGACUAUCCAAACCAACGAAAGAGCAACUGUGAUAUGCUGGUGUUUUUGCUGGGCUUGGUCCAUGAGGAGUGCACUGGUGCUUGUAAUACUCCUGGGAUGUCUUCUCCUUUUUCAGUCUGUAUUCAGUGUACUCCACAUAGGAAAAACCUGCCUGAGGAUUUUAUAAAGACCUGAAAUACAUCAUGGAUUCCCCUUCUUCCUUCUCUCCCAAUCUGAGUCGCUUUUAAAGUCACCUCAUUAAAGUGUGAAUCUAUUGAAUACAUGUUUUUAAAUGAGUGUUAGGUACUCGUCCCCUUUUCCUUUUGAUAGAGCCUGCUUAGUGCAAUUUGGCAAGGAAGAAACGUAGAUCCUGCUUCACAGUGUAUUGCCUAGACAAAGUUCCGACUUCUCUCGUGAUAUUCUCAAGAAUCCUGCUGGAGUAUUUGAGAGUUCUAGAUAGAAAAGUUCAAAAUCUAAGAAACCUUGGGAAAGGAGCGCUUCCCUUCCCUGGAAUGUCAGAAUCACAUAAUCCAAAGCGAGUAUCACACACAGAAAACCAUCUCAGAAUAUUUCUUAGGUCUGAUGGGGAAAUGUCAAGGUAUUUUAUUUUUGGCUUUGAACUUCCCACACCCUUCACAAGGAUCAUUACACGGCUGCGGCGUAAGCUGAAGAUUCACGAGACAAAAAUGAAUGUCCAGGAGGCUGAUUUAGCAGAGCAGCCUGUGUCCUUAUGGGAAGGGGAUCUGGUAAUGAAGCAUCUUGGGAUCUCCCCGGGUAUGGGUUUUGAGACAUUUUUCAAACCAUCAGGAGGGAAAAGCAAAGAUAAAAGAUGGGUUCUCCAGUCGAGUUGUAUCUAGAAGUAUUUGUUCCUAAACCAGUGCAGCAAGUAUCUGGAACAGAACUGUAGGCAUUGCUGUUCCGUGUAAAGCAGAGACAGCUGGAGCAGGAAAAGGAUAACACGCAGCUCCCAUCUCUGGCUCUUCCACGGAGGGGGCGAUUAGAGGUUUGACUUUAGGGGACACGAUGUAGUUCUGCACACUAACAUUGUGUGGGUUUGUGGUGCAAAUAGACAGUCAAAAAUAAGUCUAAGAUUCUGCAGUUCCUAAUGACAGGUGCCAAGAGGUUAUGAUACGGGUUUUUGGGGUCUGUGAUGUACAGUGUGAAUAAAUGCUUGCAGCUCUUAGUCUUUUUUUGAUCGAUGAAGCACUUUUUUUAUUAAUAUUAUUUUUCUUUGUAUGUAAAGGAGGAACCAGUAUCUCUCCAUAGCUGUAUAUAUAACCGUUCUCUCCUCAAGAGAGUAAAGUGCUCCUAUAUUUUUCAUUUUUGUCAAAGCGAGAAGUAAAUACUUUAGAAUUGUUAAAUAUAUAAAUAAAAGUGAAUAAAGUUUAGACUUUUGCAUGGGA